AUGGAAAAUCAAACCACUGUAAGCUAUUUCCUGCUACUGGCAUUUCCUGAUAUCCUCUGGAUAGAAAUUCUCCUCUUCUUUUUGCUGCUAAUGCUCUAUCUCUUGACUCUAUCAGGAAACAUUACCAUCAUUCUUAUAACUAUAUUGAAUGACAGCCUGCACACGCCAAUGUAUUUCUUUCUGAGGAACUUCUCCAUUGUGGAAAUUGGCUUUAUUUCCAUCACUGUUCCCAACAUGCUCCUCCAAUUCCUUUCUGGGUGGAGGGCAAUCUCAUCAGUAGCUUGUUUCACCCAGCUGUUCUUUGUUUAUUUUCUUGGCAUCACAGAAUUUUGCCUGUUGGCCGUGAUGGCCAUUGAUCGCCAUGUUGCCAUUUGCCAUCCAUUCCAAUAUCCCAUGGUCAUGAAUGACCGACUUUGUCAUCUGUUGGUAGUCACCUGCUGGCUGUUUAGCUUCCUGUGUUCCUUAACACCCAUCCUUUUCUUAACCCACCUUCCUUUUUGUGGACCCAACACCAUUGACCAUUUUAUGUGUGACAGUGCACCACUGAUUCACUUGGCCUGUUCUGAUACACACUUCAUAGAAUCGUUCUAUCUUAUUAUCGCGAUUGUUGUAUUGUUGGGCACCUUGCUGAUCAUAGUGGUUUCGUACAUCAAAAUUAUCUCUACAGUGCUGCAGCUUCCAUCUGCUAAGGCCCGAAAUCGGACUUUUUCCACUUGCUCCUCGCAUUUUCUCAUUGUCACCUUGCUGUAUGGCAGCUGUAUCUUUGUGUAUAUCCAACCACAGCAAGAAAGAUACCUUGAGUUUCAGAAAGAGGUGUCCAUUCUCAACAUGGUGGUGAUCCCUUUGUUGAACCCCUGCAUAUACAGUUUCAGGAACAAGAAAAUGCAGGAGGCCCUGAGAGUCACUGGUGGUAGAUGGUUAAGUCAAUGGAGAAGCUAA